ACUUACUUUACUAGCCCAAAUCACAUUCCAGUGAUAAUAUUAUAAUGUGGACCUUGAACUUAUUAUUAUCCACAGCAAUGGGACUUGGGCAUAUCUGAUACCAUCGCCUUUCCCUUCCAUCAUCCAUCAAUGUCUUGGCUUCUUUCCUCCAUUCUUCUUCUUCUUCUUCUUCAUGUCCUGUUUUAUGUAAAUUGCGAUGCUUUAAGAAGUGAUGGGAACUGUGAUUCUUCUUGUGGGAACAUUCAAAGCAUCAGAUACCCAUUUCGAUUUGAAGGUGAUCCAGAAAAUUGCGGAAAAAAGAUAUAUGAACUGGCCUGCCACAACAAUCGUCCACUGCUUAACUUAUCAUCGGCGGGUGAUACUAAAUACUACUACGUGAAGGCAAUCAACUACAACAACUACACAAUCCGACUCGUGGAUGUGGGCAUUCAAAACGGAAAGUGCUCCUCCCUCCCUCUUUAUUCUUUAUCCUCCGGAGACAUUUCUAGUCCAUAUUAUUAUAAUUCAUAUUAUUAUUAUUCAUCUAGUCCAUAUGAGCUCCAACGGGAGUUUACCCUUGACGCUGUAGCAGUGUUGAUGGAAUGUGAAAAUCCAGUGAAUUGUCCACUAUACAUGAACACCAGUAGCAGUGCCUACACUAGUUGUAUUAAUAAAACAGUCAAGUCUUCUUCUUCGCAAACCCAUUAUUAUUAUUCUUACUUUCUGUUCGGGAACUUGAGAGCGUCGGAUGUGGCAGACCUGUGCAGAAUAGAUGAGAUAGUUGCAACUACCUUGUGGUCUCCAACAACAGCAGCAAGUUGCAACUUUUCCAGUAAAUUCAUGGAGUUCCACGCACAGUUGGCGUAUGGAUUUGAGCUUUCAUGGACCAACAUUCUCUGUGAAAAUUGCAGAGGAGGCACUUGCGUCAUUGAUCCUACUACCAAUUACACCGUCACUUGUUCCAACUACUGCCAUUCCCCAUUCAAUUGGACCUGUCGCUUGGAGAUGAUUGCCUACUACUAUGUCUUUCCUUCACUGCAACUCACAGGAUUUAUUCUUGGAGCCAGAACAUUUUGUGGGAUGCUAUGCUUAUUCGCAUUUUUAAUCUAUAAGUUUCGGACAAGGCAUUUAUCAAUGUUUGAUACCAUUGAAGGUUUCUUACAAAGUCAGAAUAACCUCAUGCCUAUUAGGUACUCUUAUUGGAACAUUAAGACGAUGACCAAAGGUUUCAAGGACAAGUUGGGGGAAGGAGGCUUUGGUUGUGUAUACAAAGGAAAACUUCGGAGUGAUCAUAUUGUGGCAAUAAAGAUAUUAAAUAAGCACAAAGCUAAUGGCCAAGAUUUCAUCAAUGAAGUUGCUACCAUUGGAAGAAUUCAUCAUGUCAAUGUGGUACAACUAAUCGGAUUUUGUGCUGACGGAUCUAAGCGUGCUCUGGUCUAUGACUUCAUGCCUAAUGGGUCUCUUGAAAAGUACAUUUUUUCCCAAGAAGCAAAUAUGUCCUUGAGUUGCAAGCAAAUGUAUGAGAUUUCUCUUGGCGUGGCCCGUGGGAUUGAAUAUUUGCAUCGGGGUUGUGAUAUGCAAAUUUUACAUUUCGACAUCAAGCCUCACAACAUUCUUUUAGACGAGAAUUUCACUCCAAAAGUUUCCGACUUUGGGCUUGCGAAAUUGUAUCCAACAGAUAAUAGCAUUGUGUAUGUGACUGCAGCAAGAGGAACAAUGGGCUACAUGGCUCCAGAAUUGUUCUACAAAAACAUUGGACGUGUUUCCUACAAAGUUGAUGUUUAUAGUUUCGGAAUGUUGUUGAUGGAAAUGGCAGGUAGAAGGAGGAACUUGAAUGCAUUUGCUGAUCAUACCAGCCAAAUUUACUUCCCUUCUUGGGUUUGUGACCAAUUUAGAGAAGGGAAGGACGUGGAAAUGGGAGAGAGCACAGAGGAAGAAAGACAGAUGAUAAGAAAAAUGAUAAUAACAGCGUUAUGGUGCAUACAAAUGAAGCCUGAUGAUCGUCCUGCGAUGAAUAAAGUUGUAGAAAUGCUUGAAGGAAAUAUUGAACUUGUGCAAAUGCCUCCGAAGCCUUUCCUAACUCCUCAAGAGAUACCAACUGAAGAUAACUGAAUGAACCCCUUUCCUAACUCCAAUAAUUUGGAAUGAUAAAUGUUGCACUAUUGCAAUAGUACAAUAAUAAAUAAGGCAGUAAAUCUUCUUCCAUGCAUGAUUGUUUCAUAAAUUUA